AUGAGUUCGUUAGGACCUUUGAUAGUGAUAAUUUUGGUUUUUAUAAUUGGAAUUGUUUGGUACUUUAUUCAUUUGAUUGCAUAAGUAAGUAUAUAUUCUCAAGAUUUAGGGGUUCACAUCACUUUAUAAAGAUGAGUAGGCCUUUUUAAGUGAUCAAUUAAAGGGAUUGUUGGGAGUGGAUGAUAUACAACGAAAUUCAUAUCGUCCAUCAGUGGAACCAAUAUAUAUCUCAAGCAUAGUAGAUUUAAUUGUAACUUCUAUAAGAGGAUUAUGGCUUGCUUAAUUGUUAUACAUACUUUUACUUUUAUUUCUAUUUUUCAUAGUCGUUGGAGUUUUCUUUAUUGAUUAUCCAUUCUAAUUCAUAUUUAAUACAAUCGUAGGAGUGAUAACUGUGAUGUUAUUUUCACAUUAUAUGAUUUUAACAAAUGGUAAAGGAUUAACCCGUGCGUUGAUAUCGGUAUUAAUGUAAAUUUAAGUAGGCUUCAUUUUCAAAAGAGGAUUGUUAUAGUUAUAUGUAUUCAUCUGGUUUUGCAAUGUUAAGUUUACUUUUAAGUUUAUUUUUGGGGAUAUAUGUUUUAAUGUAUUUUUUCAAUCUGGCUAUUUGGGGAGGUGAAUAAAAAUAAAAAGAAUAUGAAAAAAUAUCAAUACUAAUGAUGGGAUAUCUGAUGGGAUUACUAUUGGGUGGAUUUAUAUAUAGAGAAGGAUUAUCAUUAAUGAGUAGAUCAUUUAAAACUGCAACUAUUGGAUUAAUAAAAUCUGAUGUAAAUUUAAGUAUUGGAAACAGCAAUAUUUCAUAAUUGACAAGAUUAGCAUACAUGGUUUCAUAGUAGGCAGGAAAUACAUUAAUAAAUUAUUUAGAUAUUGGAUUUAUAUUGGUAUUUUUGAGCUGUUCAGUAUUUGCAUUAUUUGUGAAUAGUCCAGAAGUAUUAGAGAAUGAAAAUAAAAAUGGAUUUAUUUUGGGACCAAUUUAUUUAAUAUGUUUAGGAUAUUUAGGUUCCAUUUGUUGUUAUCUAUUGAGAACAAUGUGUAGAGAUUCAUAAGCACCAUCAUUUACUGCUAUUAAUGUUAGAUGGUAAGUUAUAAUAGGAGCCUUGAUUUCAUUUAUUAUUUUGGUUACAUUUCCAUUUAAUAUUUUAAUAUCUGAAUUUACAUUGAAAGGAAAUAAUAGUCAAGAUAUUGAUUUAAGUGGAAAGUCCUCUACUCAUGCUUGUUGGUGCUAUUUGUUAGGAUUGAUAUUUAAUGUGAUCCAUAUUAGUUUAUUUGAAUGGUAUACAUCUCAUGGAUGUUCAAAAGUUCGAAAUCUCGUAAAUUAUUCAAUUCAAAUAGGGAUUAGCAACAAGUGAUCGUAUUAUGUCUAUGAAUCUAAUUUAUUCCAAUUAUUUAGGAGAUUUAUUUUCUGCAAUACCUAUGAUUCUUAUGCUCUUAUUAAUUACUAUUGUUUAUUCCAUUCAAGGAUUUGCUGGAUUGUUAUUUGCAGCAUCUGGAUAUAUAUCUAUUUUUAUUAUCUAUGGUAUUAUAUACUAAAUAGGAUGUAAUUCAUCAGAAUCAUACAAAUUAACUUGUUUUGUUCAUUUCAAAUCAGAAAUUUAAGGAAGAAUAUUUGCAAUUUAUUGGGAAGCUAAGAAUUAUAUGAUUUAUCUUAAAUCUACAAAUGCAGGAGCAUUAACUUUGAUUUCAAUAGGAUUUAUAGGUUCAUAAUUAUAUUAACAUCCUGGAACAUUGGGUUCACUUUUUACUCAUUAUAAANUUUAAGUAGGCUUCAUUUUCAAAAGAGGAUUGUUAUAGUUAUAUGUAUUCAUCUGGUUUUGCAAUGUUAAGUUUACUUUUAAGUUUAUUUUUGGGGAUAUAUGUUUUAAUGUAUUUUUUCAAUCUGGCUAUUUGGGGAGGUGAAUAAAAAUAAAAAGAAUAUGAAAAAAUAUCAAUACUAAUGAUGGGAUAUCUGAUGGGAUUACUAUUGGGUGGAUUUAUAUAUAGAGAAGGAUUAUCAUUAAUGAGUAGAUCAUUUAAAACUGCAACUAUUGGAUUAAUAAAAUCUGAUGUAAAUUUAAGUAUUGGAAACAGCAAUAUUUCAUAAUUGACAAGAUUAGCAUACAUGGUUUCAUAGUAGGCAGGAAAUACAUUAAUAAAUUAUUUAGAUAUUGGAUUUAUAUUGGUAUUUUUGAGCUGUUCAGUAUUUGCAUUAUUUGUGAAUAGUCCAGAAGUAUUAGAGAAUGAAAAUAAAAAUGGAUUUAUUUUGGGACCAAUUUAUUUAAUAUGUUUAGGAUAUUUAGGUUCCAUUUGUUGUUAUCUAUUGAGAACAAUGUGUAGAGAUUCAUAAGCACCAUCAUUUACUGCUAUUAAUGUUAGAUGGUAAGUUAUAAUAGGAGCCUUGAUUUCAUUUAUUAUUUUGGUUACAUUUCCAUUUAAUAUUUUAAUAUCUGAAUUUACAUUGAAAGGAAAUAAUAGUCAAGAUAUUGAUUUAAGUGGAAAGUCCUCUACUCAUGCUUGUUGGUGCUAUUUGUUAGGAUUGAUAUUUAAUGUGAUCCAUAUUAGUUUAUUUGAAUGGUAUACAUCUCAUGGAUGUUCAAAAGUUCGAAAUCUCGUAAAUUAUUCAAUUCAAAUAGGGAUUAGCAACAAGUGAUCGUAUUAUGUCUAUGAAUCUAAUUUAUUCCAAUUAUUUAGGAGAUUUAUUUUCUGCAAUACCUAUGAUUCUUAUGCUCUUAUUAAUUACUAUUGUUUAUUCCAUUCAAGGAUUUGCUGGAUUGUUAUUUGCAGCAUCUGGAUAUAUAUCUAUUUUUAUUAUCUAUGGUAUUAUAUACUAAAUAGGAUGUAAUUCAUCAGAAUCAUACAAAUUAACUUGUUUUGUUCAUUUCAAAUCAGAAAUUUAAGGAAGAAUAUUUGCAAUUUAUUGGGAAGCUAAGAAUUAUAUGAUUUAUCUUAAAUCUACAAAUGCAGGAGCAUUAACUUUGAUUUCAAUAGGAUUUAUAGGUUCAUAAUUAUAUUAACAUCCUGGAACAUUGGGUUCACUUUUUACUCAUUAUAAAGGAAUUAUUGGAUUAUUGAUUGGAUUUGCUAUGAUGUUUGUAUGUAGAGGUAUUAGUAUAUGGGGAAUUAUAAAGUUGGCUAAGAAUUAUGUAAAAUAUUUUAAUAUUAUAAUAUUUUAGUUCAUAUGUUAACCUUCAAAUGAUUCAGAAGGUAAAAUAAACUAUUUCUCUGAUAAUCGUAUUAUUGAGUUUACAAAAAUUAAAUAUACUCAGAGUAUUCUUCAUGUAUCUUAUAAUAUAAUUUUUUUAACUUUGACUUUGUUAUUAACAGGAUAUUUAUAUGGAUAAUAAGGUACUAUUGCUUUAAUGAUUGGUUCAUCUAUAAGUUUAUUGAUAAUUCAAUAUAAUGGAUUAAUCAAAGGUACAGCACUUGAAAAUGCUAAGAUUUAUAAUGAAAGUAUUUGUCUUAUGUAUAUAAAUAGUUGAGGAUAAUAAAAAAACUUCCCAUUAUAUCAUGUAUGUAGCUGGAGAUACUUAUGCUUGUGCUACUGAAGAGAGUAAUGCUUGUCCUUUGGUUCCUUAUUUUAUUUUCAGUUUCUGUCUACUAAUUUCUUGUCAAAAUAAAUUCACUUCAGCAGAUAAAUGA